AUGUCAUCGUUAAAUUUAACUGACGAAGAUUUUGUUAUCGAUAGCGAUGUAUUAUCAUCAAUUCGUAAAUCACAAUCACUUGCACGUAAUCCAUUUGAUCAUUAUGUUAAUGGUGUAUGUGGAUUAAUUAUUUGUCUUCUCGGUAUUGUUAGUAAUGCACUUAGUUUUUCAAUUUUAAUUCGUCGAGUAAUGCGUUUAUCAACAUACGUUUAUUUAGCUGGUUUAUGCUUAAGUGAUUUUACGACUUGUCUUUUUCUUUUACCUGGUUAUAUAUUAAAUGCAUAUCCACUUGAAAUACCUGAUUAUGAUUUACCACGAACAUAUGCCUAUACAAAAUUACUUAUCAUUGCAGGUGCAAUUAGUACAACAGGUCGUGUACUUAGUGUAUGGCUUUGUGUAGCUUUUACAAUUGAUCGAUGGAUAAUGAUUUGUCGUCCAUUUGUCGGUCCAAUUUAUUGUACAAUGAAAAAUGCUCGAUGUGUAACAUUAAUUAUUUUUAUAAUUGGUAUUUUUUAUGCAUUUCCACUUGUAUUAGAAUAUGAACCACAUGAAGAAACUGCUUUAAAUGAAAUACUUUUUGCAAAUACUAAUAAAAAGAACUAUCGUUAUAUAUUAAGUAAAUUAGGAAAAAAUUCUAUUUUUCGAUGGACUUAUGUUUUAAUUAAUGCACUUGGUGUUUAUGUUAUUCCAUUAACAAUUAUUAUCAUACUUAAUAGAAAAUUACUUAUAUCAAUUCGAUUACUUGAACAACGCUCAGCAGAAUAUAGAGCACCAUCACCUACUAAACAGGGUGUAACGGUAAUGCUACUAGCAACAACAAUAUUACUUCUUGUAUUUCGUUUACCAUCAGCUACUAUAUCAAUAAUGUGGUUAAUAAGUGCAAAAAUGUUUAUCAAUGAAAAACCACCAUUUCUUUUACGAAAAUUUCAUUCAAUUGCUAAUUUAUGUGCAACAUUAAAUGCAGCAACAACAUUUAUUAUGUUUAUUAUAUAUGGAGCAAAAUUUCGAUCAGAAUUUACAAAUAUUUAUUGUUGUUGUUUAAAUCGAUUGAAACGAAAACAAGUACUUUUUAAUAAUCAACAUGAACAAAAUAUAAAAGAAAUUCUAUCGAGUGAUAUUAAUGUUAAUGAACAAAGUAUUACGAAUCAAAUAAAUCCAUUUCCAAUCAAUCAAUCUUAUGGAAAAGUUCGUCAAGUUGAUACUCGACAUAGUAGUAGUGCAACAACAACAACAUCAAUUUCAUCUCUUCCGUCGUUAAGACGUCUAAGAUAUCAACGAAGAAGUCCACGUUAUUCAAUUGAACGAGAAUAUGAUUUUAUGAAUCAUAAUAAUCCUAACAGAAAUCUUCAACAACAUUAUGAGCUUACCACAUAA